AUGGGUGCGAAUAAACCAGAAGAAAAGGAAGCCGAAUUACCUAACAGAGUUUCGUACAUCCAAAUUUUCCGAUACGCGAGCUGGGUGGAGAUCGGCGCCACACUGCUUGGCGUGUUGCUGGGGUUGCUGAGCGGUGGCGGCGUGUGCUACAACCUGGUGCAGUUUGGUGAGAUGAGCACCUCGUUCGUGGAGCGCACCGUGCUGACGGACCGCCUGUCCAGCUACUUGCCGCUCACCCAGAUCUUCGGCGGCGGAAAACGACUCGUAAAUGCAUCAUAUGAAGAAAAUAUGCAAGCCCUUAUCCAAGAUGCCGAAUCAGUUUGCAUAGGAAUGUUCAUAACUAUAAUGAUCUCCAUACUAUUUUGUAUACUCUCGGUCGCUCUCAUCAAUUGGAGUGCUUUAAGACAGAUCACAAGAGUUAGAAAAAAAUUUCUUAUUGCUGUACUGGGUCAAGAUAUGGAAUGGUUCGAUACUGAUUCUGAGUUCAAUCUUGCUUCUAAGAUGUCUGAAGACAUGAUGAAGUUAAAGGAAGGCAUGGGCGAGAAGCUGGCGGUAGUCUCCAACUUGCUGGGCACCGCGAUCAUCAGUAUUUGCCAGUCGUUUCCUCUCGGCUGGGAACUUACUCUUGCGUGUCUGACGGUGCUCCCGUUUUCGCUGGCGGCGUCUAUAAUAUUAUCCGAUUAUCAAUCCACAUCUUCAGUACGUGAGAUGAUGUCGUACAGUAAAGCUGGAAAACAUGCAGAAGAAAUGUUUAAAUCCUUCAAAACAAUAGUGGCAUUUGCCGGUGAAAGCAAGGAAAUCGACAGGUACAAAAAGUUGUUGGCGCCCGCGGAGCGGUACGGUCGUAAGCGCGGGUUGUACACGGGACUGGGCACCGGCUUCAACUGGGUGCUCACCUACUCGCUCAACGCCAUCGGCCUCUCCUACGGUGCUCGCCUCAUCAUUCAGGAUAUGGAUAACGAAAACUUGGACAGGAACCGAUACGUUAUGGGCAAAAUAUUUACUAUAAUGUUUGGCGUGUACAUGGCAACUCAGUCUAUAACGUUCAUAGUUCCUCAUGCGGAGGCUUUUGCAGCGGCGCGCGCUGCAGCUGCCGGAGUGUUCAGUAUAUUUGACCGGUUGCCAAAGAUAGAUAGUAUGAGCCCUAAAGGACUUAAACCCGGUAAAUUUGCUGGUGCAAUAACCCUGGAGAAUGUAACAUUCAGUUAUCCUUCAAGACCUGACGUUAAAGUCUUAAAAGGAUUUUCUCUUCGCGUAAACCCUGGGGAAAGCGUAGCUUUGGUGGGGUCAUCCGGAUGCGGAAAAUCUACGAUACUACAACUCUUGCAGAGAUUGUAUGACCCGGCAUCUGGCGUGGUUAGAAUUGAUAAUCACGAUGUGAAAUCCUUAAAUGUUGGCUACUUGAGGUCUUCUUUAGGUGUGGUCGGCCAAGAACCUGUGCUGUUUCGAGGUACAAUUCGCGAUAACAUAGCCAUUGGGCAUCCGGAAGCGACUGACAAAGAAAUUAUCAAAGUAGCAACAAUGGCAUAUGCUCACGACUUUAUAAGUCGACUACCUAAUGGCUAUGAUACGAUGAUCGGAGAGCGCGGCGCGUCGCUGUCAGGCGGGCAGAAGCAGCGCAUCGCCAUCGCGCGCUCGCUGCUGCGCAAGCCGAGCGUGCUACUGCUGGACGAGGCGACCUCCGCGCUGGACCCGCAGUCGGAGCGGCAGGUGCAGGCGGCGUUGGACCACGCUAGCGUUGGCAGGACCACUCUCACCGUCUCUCACAGGUUAUCAACGAUUGUCAAUGCUGAUCGUAUAAUUUGCAUGGACCAGGGUGCUAUAGUAGAGUCGGGCACACAUGAAGAACUUAUAAAAGCUAAGGGAUUUUAUUAUAAGCUAGUCACAGCUGGUAAAGAUGUAAAAGAAGUUGUAAUAGAAUCUUUACCAGAAGAAGGAAAAACCAACUCGGAACUGGAGGAUGAAGUCCGACAUGAAAUUAAAAGACGAUCUACCAAAAGAAUAGUCAGGCAGUUUUCCAGUAGAAAAGAGACUUGCGACUGGAUGACCCCUCGCAGCUCCAUUAGCUCAGUAGUAUCUAAUGGGUUGCAACACUUUUCGCAUAGAUACGGCGGUGAAAUAGAAGAAACACAGGAUGACAAUGAAGUUGUGAAACCCGUGAGUGACUGGGCCUUGUUGAAGCUGAACGCACCCGAAUGGCCGCUCAUUACCAUCGGAGCCAUCGCCGCUACCAUCCAGGGGGCCUGCUUCCCGGCGUUUGCUGUACUUUUCGGUUUUACUUCCGCGAUUUUUGCGUCCCGUGCUGACCCUGAUUACAUAAUUUACAUGGCGGAUUUGUACUCGGGCCUAUUCGUGGUAGUGGCGGCAGUGGCGGGCGUGACGAUGUGUCUGCAAAGCGUCACCUUCACCAACUCCGGCUUGAGGAUGACUACUCGACUACGCCACCAGUACUUCUCCAGUUUACUCAAGCAGGAAAUAGGGUAUUACGACCGUGAAAGCAACACGGUGGGCGCCCUUUGCGCGCGGCUGAGCGGUGACACGGCGGAGGUGCAGGGCGCUACGGGGCUGCGCAUCGGGCUCAUCCUGCAAGGCAUCAGCUCCGUCGUCAUCGGCUUCCUGCUGGCUGUCUGCUUCAACUGGAAACUCACUCUUGUCGGCGCGGCGUUCUUGCCUAUUAUGGUGGGAAGUAUCUGGCUGGAAGGCAUGGUGGCCCAGAAGUCCGUGCAGCAGGAGCGCGACGCCAUGGAGGCGGCCACCGCCGUCGCCACCGAGGCUGUCGUGGGCAUCAGGACCGUCCAAAGCUUGGGCAUAGAGCAAAAUUUCAUCACUAAGUUCGAGGCAGAGCUGGAUGUGUCAUGCUCCGCCAUAGCCCGGAAGAGUCGGUGGCGCGGCCUGGUGCUGGGGCUGGGCGUGUAUGUGCCGUUCAUGGCCUUCUGCUGCGUCGUGGUGUACGGCUGCACGCUCGUCGUCUACGAGGGGCUUGCCUACUCCCGCGUCUUCUUGGUGACAGAGGCAGUAAUGUACGGCGCCUACAUGCUGGGACAGUCGUUGGUGUACGCGCCUAGCUUCCAGGCAGCCAAAGACUGCGGAGCGCGGAUCCUGUCCGUCAUCCACCGCCAACCCCACGUCAUCACGGAGCCCGGCGUGGUGGACUCCCCGCACUGGUCUGCUACCGGUAAAUUCGGUAUCAAAGAAGCAGAGUUCAGUUACCCGACGCGGCCACACAUACGCGUGCUGCGGGGGCUGGACCUGCAGGUGGAGGCGGGCAAGACGGUGGCGCUGGUGGGCUCCUCGGGCUGCGGCAAGUCCACCGUGCUGCAGAUGUUGCAGCGGUUCUACGACCCCGACUCUGGCACUAUCGAGCUGGACGGGAGAGAUAUCCGCCGGUCGCUGACGCUGCCACGGCUGCGGCGGCAGCUGGGCGUGGUUCAGCAGGAGCCCGUGCUCUUCGACCGCACACUGGCCGAGAACAUCGCCUAUGGGGACAACUCGUGCCAGCCCUCCAUGGAGGAGGUCGUCGCCGCCGCCAAGCAAGCCAACAUACACCAGUUCAUCAUCUCUUUACCAAAACACUGUGAUACGAACCUAGGGGCGAGCGGCGCGCAGCUGUCGGGCGGGCAGAAGCAGCGUGUGUGCAUCGCGCGCGCCCUCAUCCGUGCCCCGCGCCUGCUGCUACUGGACGAAGCCACCUCCGCGCUCGACGCCAACAGCGAACGGGCUGUAACCGAAGCUUUGGAGAAAGCGGCGAAAGGACGAACAUGCAUAACCAUCGCACAUCGGCUUUCCACUAUCAAGGAUGCCGAUCUCAUCUGUGUAUUGGACAAGGGUAAAAUCAUCGAAAAAGGCACUCACGCUGAACUUAUGGAUAUGAAAGGCUACUACUACCGAAUGGAAAAAGGACAACAGCUCGCCUGAAUGCCGCAUCACUUAAAAAUAAAUG